GUCACCCCGACCUGACGCUCUCUUGUACCACAGCGCAGCUGUUACCAUUACUUCAUCUCUUAUUGGAUCAAGACCGAGAGAGGCAGAGAGAGGGCGAGAGAGAGAGAGAGAGAGAGAGAGAGAGAGAGAGCAAAGGCAAACAAGUGGAGAGAGAGAGAGAGAGUUGGAAGCCAGCGCUGUGCUUCAUCGAUCUGCAGAGGUGCACCGAGGACCUUCUGUCGGACACAUCUGAUCUUUCAGUUUUUAUUAAGGGAAUGCCAGAAGUAGAGUCGCUCUUUGGAAAAUGCUUCUGGAAAAUUUGGUAGUGGUUGUGUUCUGUCUGUGGGGCAUUGAUGUCAGCAGAGCUUAUGUGUUUCAAGCCAGCCGACCUUCAGAGGGAGGAGACAACCCGCCAUCUCAUACUAAAAUCAUUUCAGAGUGGGUCAGCUCAGCAGGCUCCUGUAAGGGGAGGUGCUUUGAGCUGGAGGUGGCCAGCCCUCCAGGAUGCAGAUGUGACAAUCUCUGCAAAACCUACUACAGCUGCUGCUCUGACUUUGAUGAGCACUGCCUGAAAACAGAGGGAGGCUUUGAGUGCAAACCGGAUCGGUGUGGGGAGGAGAGGAACGAAGACCAUGCCUGCCACUGCUCAGAGGACUGUCUGGAAAAAGGAGACUGCUGCUCAAAUUACAAGUCCAUUUGCAAAGGUGAGACUUCAUGGCUGCAAGAAGAAUGCGAGGACAUCAAGAGUCCUGAAUGCCCUGCAGGCUUCAUCCGUCCUCCUCUCAUCAUGCUCUCACUCGAUGGGUUCAGAGCCUCCUACCUGAAGAAGGACCAAUCUGUCAUCCCAAACCUUCACAAACUUAGAGGAUGUGGUACGUCCACGCCGUACAUGCGACCAGUCUACCCCUCAAAAACAUUUCCAAAUUUGUACACCCUAGCCACAGGUCUGUACCCAGAGUCCCACGGGAUCGUGGGGAAUACCAUGUAUGACCCAGACUUUAACGCCACGUUCACCCUGCGUUCCAGAGAGAAACUGAACCACCGCUGGUGGGGCGGACAGCCUAUCUGGAUCACCGCUGAGAAACAAGGAGUGAAACCAGGCACGUUCUUCUGGCCUUGGGUGAUUCCUCUUGAAAGGAGGAUUUUGACCAUCCUGCACUGGCUGCACUUGCCCGAUGAUGUAAGGCCGUAUGUUUAUGCCAUCCACUCAGAGCAGCCCGAUGCCUACGGGCAUCGAAUGGGUCCACUCAGCAGUGAGCUGGACAACCCUCUGAGGGAAAUUGACAACAUCAUUGGUCAGCUAAUGAAUGGACUGAAGCAGAUGAACCUGCACCGCUGUAUCAAUCUCAUCAUUGUAGGAGAUCACGGGAUGGAGGAGGCCCACUGUGACAGGACAGAGUUUCUCAGCAGCUACCCACUCAACAUAGACGAGAUCAUGCUGAUCCCUGGCUCACUGGGCAGAAUACGACCCCGUGAGCCAAAAUCGACCACGUAUGACCCAAAAGUUGUGGUUGCAAACCUCACUUGCAAAAUGCCAGCUCAGCACUUCAAGCCAUACCUGAAACGGGAUUUACCCAAGAGGCUUCACUACGCCAACAACAGACGGAUUGAGGAUGUCCAUCUGCUGAUGGAGAGGAAGUGGCACAUUGCCAGGAAAAUGCCAGAAAAACCGAGGACUCGGUGUGGUUUCUUUGGUGAUCACGGCUUUGACAACAAGAUAACCAGCAUGAGGACAAUCUUUAUUGGCCAUGGGCCGAGUUUUAAAUUUCAGAAGAUGGUGCCAGAGUUUGAGAAUAUAGAGUUAUACAAUGUCAUGUGUGACUUGUUGGGUUUGAAGCCAGUUCCAAACAAUGGGACCCACGGCAGUCUGAACGAUAUGCUGAAAGACCCGCCUUUCCAACCCAGCAUGUCCGAGGAAGUCACGCCACCAUCGCCGCCGUCCGACGCCGAAAUCAGCCACGACCUGGGCUGCAGCUGUGACGAUGAGAACAAAGUGGAGAUCAGUGGACCCUUCACUCGCGCAUCAGACGGGCUCUACAGUUAUAACAGCACCCAGCUGCCGUUUGGUCGACCAGCGGUGAUGUUCGACACUCAGUACAGUCUUCUUCAUCAUGUGGAGUUCAUCAGUGGAUACAGCAAAGAGCGAGCCAUGCCCCUGUGGACAUCAUACACACUGCCACCACCGGAGGACAUGACUCCUAUACCAGAUGCUUCUUCGAGUGCUAAGUGCAUCCGAGUCGAUGCCAGAGUGUCAGCUGAUCACAGUCAGAGCUGCAGCGCCUACAGCCAGAACACCCACCUCACGUAUGGCUUCCUCUUCCCCCCAGAGCUGGCAACAUCUCCCGAGUCCAGAUAUGAUGCUUCGCUCAUCACCAACACUGUCGCCAUGUAUCCUGCCUUCAAGAGAGUGUGGAGUUACCUACAAGGGACGCUGCUGCGGCGAUAUGCAGAGGAAAACAAUGGAAUCAACGUUCUCUGCGGCCCUGUUUUUGAUUAUAACUACGACGGCCUUCGAGACACCACCGAGAAGAUAAUAGAGUUCUCAGCUGAUGGCUUCCCCGUUCCCACCCACUUCUACACUGUGAUUACAAGCUGCCAGGAGGUGAACCAGACGGUUGAUGAGUGUGAGGGAGCGCUAAAGGUUUUCUCCUUCCUUCUUCCUAACAAGCCAGACAACAGUGAGGCAUGCAAUAGCGCUGAGGAUGAAUCGAAGUGGGUCGAAGACAUGCUGAAGCUCCAUACAGCCCGAGUACGAGAUGUGGAGAUCCUUACGGGCCUGGACCUCUAUAGAUCCACAAACCUCACUUACACCAACACCCUAAUUCUCAAAACCUACCUGGAGACCUUUGAGAGGGAUGAUUAGGAGCCAGAGACAGAGAUGCACAUAUAGGAUGUAACCCUUUGUAAAAUUCCUGCAUUUUUAUUGCAUGCUCUUUGGACAGACAACAUAAUGCUGUUCCACUGCUGAAGAACCGCCCAAGAAGUGCUUGGAAAGGGAACACAUAUUUGAAAAUUACAAGAAUGGUUUGUUAUGACAGGAAUAUUCAACCCUAGCUACAAAAUCUGUUUAGGAAUAAGCUAGCACAGGAAUGAUGCAAGACGGGUACAGUACGCAUUCUAACGCACACAUCAAGAACCACGCCAGUGUUUUAUCUGUGCCUAAAAGUGAUUUGACCUUCACAUUUCUACUGGCAUAUGCACUGCAUGCUACGAAAUUUAAUAUUUAAAGUUAAAUGUGUUAGUUCAUUUAUUCGAUGAAGGAACAUAAUCAUUGUGAACUGACACAGUAAGAAUUUUUUAUUGCAAACUGUGAGAAAAUAACACGCAAAUAAGAUUAAAGUGGUUAACAAAUUACAAGAAAAAUGACAACAUCUCAACCAGGCUUUAAUCUCUUUAAUCUUGUAGUUUAACCUGUUCACCGCAGCCACUAUAGCAGGUGGAAUCACAAACUUUUAAAAUUUCAGCAUACUCCCAAAUUAGUUACUGAGCCCGUAAACUCAUCAAAAAAGUUGAUCAAGACAGACUUCUAUAGGUCCAGAACUCUUGGUCUUCAACUGGUCUUCAAACAGAAUGCAGCUUUAAGGCACAUCUGCACUGGCUUAACUUUUCCAAAAGUACUUCCCUGUUUUAUACUGCCUGUGCCACUAACUAUAAGUCUUUGAUUAUGGGCAGGGUUUUCCCAAAUGGAAGAAAAACGUGAACGCAUAUUUUCUUAUCUUUUAAUUUCUGAAAAUGUAACACUUCUUUUAUGAAACCCAACUUUAUCGCUUUGUCCAUAAACCACUUGAUGGUGACCUGGCGGAUGUUAAGAGUUUAAAGGCUAAAAUGUACACAUUUGCUGGUGUUUCGUGAGGUGUUUAGUUUUUUUGAUUCCCUGAUGAUUUAACCAACACUUGUGUGAUAGUGAAUCCAACAGGCCUAACCUACCAUAGUCCUGCACAUAAAGUGAAAAACUGUCUUGGUGAUUUCAUAAGCACCUGCUUGUUAUCUCUUUAGCUAACUCUGUCAAAAGGUGUGAAUUUUUAUACAAUUUAUCAUAUUUAUAAUAAGUUUGGCACUCAUCCAUCCUGCUAGCCAUCGCUUCUCUGAUUCUGUUCAGUGUCUUGGGCAGGACGGCUGAAACCCAGCGAUCAUAGGGUGAAAGGUGGGGUACACCCUAUAGAGGAUUCCAAUCCUCCACAGCUCUAACAUCUAAGACAUGCAUUCACUUUCACACCUUUGGGAGGAAGCCGGAGUACCUGCAGGGAGCCCAUGCCAGCACAAGGACAGCAUGCCUAUUCCAGUCUUGUUCUCUUGCUUUUCCCAUUCUAACAAUGUACUCACAAUCACAACAAAGAAGUGUGGCUUGGACCAUGUCCAGUUUAAAAAGAAGAACUUAAUGUCACCACCUCUUUUAGAACAUUUAAAAGAGAAAUGGCCUAAGUGGGGAAAAGGGGAACGGGAAAGCUAUACACUCAUAACUCUAAUGCAGUCGUCUCAGUCCAAAUGGUUACUAUUUUGCAAACUGAAAGCAGAAAUUAGGUGUGCAAAGAGGCUGUUGUAAAACCAUGUUUCUCUGCGAUACAGUGUAGUAUAGCUGAGAUACUGAAAACACAAAAUAAGAUGAAUAUCGUUUGACCUUCACUUCGAUUUUGAACCAGAGUUACAACAUGAUAGCCUAAAAUGAGACCUAAGUGUCCUUUAGUUCUGUUUAAACUGUGGAGAGGCAACACUGAUUUCAUCUGUCUGAUAUUGUCUCUUUAUUCAACUUCAACUUUGCUUCCACACCUUUAUUUCUACACUGAUAAGUCAGAGCCUGCAUUUGUCCAUGUUUGGUAUUUUGUAACGUUAGCUCAUUAUUACCAUACCUAAUUGCUCAUGAGUGCUUAGCCAUAGUCAUGGUAAUAAGUAAGAUGAUCAAUAAAAAGUCAGUUAAUAGACCUGUCAAGAUGUGUAUGAAGACAUGUUUAUUCUUGUAGUCUUUCAAAUAAAAUCUGUAGAGUAGUGGAAAACUUUCAAUAA